AUGAUUAUUACAGAUCAUGAAGAAAAAAUGUCAUUAAGUUCAGAUUUCUUACUUACUCAUAAAGAUAUAAUGUGUACAACAAAAAUUGAUUUAAAAAAACCAACUGAAACAGAAAUCAAAGCAAAAUCUGGUACUCGUAAAGUAUUAUUAGACUGUAAAGAAGAGCCUAAACGUGGGAAACAAAGAAGAGAAGUACGGAAACCAACUGUAAAGAAAUAA